CUGACUGCCUAGGAUGGGAUCACCGAGAGGGGCAUAACUGAAUGCCUGAUCGCGUUCGAAUCGAACAACCAAUCUCCUCAUCAGUUGGAUUCUUGUUCGUGACGAUGGAUAUAAAGCCCGUCGUCCUUGUUGGAAUUGAAGAUGGAAGAUGUUCCUGUCUGUUACGGUGAUAUAUAGAUGCUCCUAGUGAUUAUCCAUUCCCGAUGAUUAUCCAUUGAAUACCUUCAGGUAGUUGCUAUUAGCUAUAGAUAGAUCCUGUACAUGUCGAUCGCCUGGCCUUUGGCACUAUAUAAACAAGAGACCUGCGGCGUGGUAUUACGCUUCAACCAAUACAGUUUCACAGUCCUGCGUCCUGCCCCAUACCCCCAUCGAUAGUUGGCGAGCGCGCAUCGGUUCCCUGCAGGCUGCAGCCAAUCCAAACGCGCAGCGGUGAUGGCGCUCCGCCGGUGGAAGCCCUUCUUCCCGGCGUUCGCUGCCAUCGACACCGCCAUAGAGACCGCCACUGGGGCCCGCUCCCGGGACAAGUUCCGGCAACUGAGGAGCGAGCUGGUGGAGAUGCUCUGCGAUGCCGCGGACGACGACGCCGAUCGAGUCAAGGGGCUCUGCCGGCUGCUCGACGCGGCCAUGACCGAGGCGCUUUUGACGCUGCAUGUGGUCCCGGUGACGACGACCAUGCUGACCACCACCGGCGUGGACAAGGCCGUCGAAGGCCUGCUGAGCCACGAGGCCGGGAAGGUGCGCGCCCUCGCGCGCGGCAUCUUAAUCAAGUGGGCGCAAGGCGGCGUGUUGGACACCACGGUGUUGGCCGCUCCUCCGUCCACUCCCCGGAUGCGUCCGCAGCAGGUGCAGAGGCCUGAGACAGCCGUUCUACUAGCUGAUACCCCCAAGAUCUCGGACGAGAAGAUGCCUCCUGUCGUUUCCAAUGCCGGCGGCGAUCGCGUCAGGAGCGGGCAGACAGGAGAUGCGAAACGCAAGCACCCAGGCUACUACCGAGAAGCUGAUGCUGAUGACGAGAAGCGGCAGCGCAACGUCUCUGAGAAGGUCGAGGACAGGCCAAGGAAAAUGGAGCCGGACAUCAAGAGUAGGAGCAGCUGGAGAUCCAGGGACACGAAGAGCAGGAGCCGGGCGAGCAGCUGGAGAUACAGGGACGAGAGGCGCUUCUCGUCGUCGACGCGUCAUAGUCAUAGGAGGGUUUAAGCUGGGGCCAAAUUAGCACUUCAAUCGUGCAUGUAAACAAACUUAUACUGCUACCGCCUAUUAUUAUCCAGAAAGUUUUCCAACUUUUGAUCUUGUCA